CGCCAUUGCAGAAGAGCGACCGAUGCACAGCGCCCGCGACUGCCUCCGGGGCGUGCUCUUGCUCGCCGUCGCCUUCCUCCUCGUCUUCACGUCCUACAAUGCGAUCGAGAACCUCGAGACGUCGAUAUUGCCAGGCGCCUGUCUUGGCUGCGAUGCGCAUUCACCUUUGGUCGUGUGCCAGCGCGACAGCGUCUGCGUGGCCAAGGUGGAGUACGCGUGCGACGCAGCUUGCGCCGCUCCGUUUGUCGAAUGCAAAUCGACGCUCGGCAGCACGACGCUUGGCGUGAUCUACCUCUGCUUCAUGCUGAGCUCAAUGCUUGGGCCGCUGGUGCCACAAAUGAUCGGCGAAAAGGCGAGUCUUAUUGGGAGCUCGGCAUGCUAUGGCGUCUUUGCCGUCGCCAACAUGGUGGUCGCCAUGCACCCCGCCGCGACCGAGCUCCAUCCUUGGAUCUUAUUACCGGCCUCGGCGCUCAUUGGCCUCGCUGCGUCGGUGCUCUGGGUGUCCCAAGGAAGCUACCUGACCCGCCUCAGUGUUUGCUACGCACAGUUCAAGAACCUUCCUGACACGAGCUCCAUGGGCUACAUGAACGGAACGUUCUCGGCCAUUUACAAAGCGAGUCAGCUCACGGGCAACGUCCUCUCGUCCUUCAUCCUUGGCACGCUGCAGUGGUCUUCGGCGACUCUCUUUACGACGUACGCUAUGCUUUCGUUCGUCGGGACGGGAUUGCUGUGCUUUCUGGAGCCACUGCAAAAGCUGCAACGACUGCCGACCGAGGGCUCCAAGCUCUUGCCGGGCGAAGAGCCUCCGCACUCGCCGCUGGCCUCGAUGCGAGCUGUGUGGAAUUUGGCGAGGGACCCGCGCAUGGUCGUGUUUGCACCGCUCAUGCUCUUCACCGGCAUUCAGCAAGGCUUUACGUCGUCGGAAUUUACAUCGAGUUUUAUCCGAGAGUCGCUCGGCGAAGCGUCGAUUGGCUACGUCAUGGCCGUCUUUGGCGGCAUGAGUGUUGUUUUUUCGUACAUUUUAGGGCGCGUCACCGACCGAGUGGGGCCCAUGUGGACGCAGCUGGUAGCGUGCGCGGCGCAGUUUACCGCGUAUAGCAUGUGCCUCUGGACGCCAAUGACCAAGUGCGACGGCCAGUGGACGUUGAUCCUCGUCUGCGCCGUCUUGCUGAGCCUUAGCGAAGCAGCGUCGAGCACGAUCCCAAGUGUGGUUUUGGGGCAAGAGUUUACGGCCAAUGCACUCAACGCCUUCUCACUCUUCCGAGUGUAUCAUUCCGGCGCGGCGAGCCUCAGCUUUUUCGGCCUCCCCCUUCUCAGUCUCACGGGGCGCCUCUACGUCCUCCUCGCUUCGACAGCGCUCGCCGCCGCGUCUAUGGUCCUCUACGCCACGCGUUACCGCACCGUAGCCUAGGCGCGGGCUAUGUGCGCUGGCACCUCCGAUCACGAUCGCAGACGCAUGUUGGAUAAUCGAGCCUGUUUUUUUGGGCCAAGGAAGAGGGACACAGCCGUUAUUACGUCGUGAAGUUAAUCCCUACAACGGUUACCUAUUUGCGACAACAGACAAUAU